ACGGAAGAAUUUGGGAGUAUCACAGAGAAACGCGGUUGAUAAGCCCAACAAAACAAAUACAUACAACCUUAUAGGCAGUCUCAUUUUGUAUGAACCGCAAAUUCAAAAAAUACGUUACACUUGAGAAUAUUUAAAUUUUUUACAUUUAUUGGCGAAAAGGUGAUAAUGUGCUCGUAAGAAAAACUAAAAAAAGAUUUUAAACAAGCAGCCAAGAAACCAAGUUUAGUCAAAGGUUUCUAGCGAAUUAUUGUCACUUGAAAAUAUUUUUUUAUUAAAGAAACAAGAAGAAAUACAACAAACGUGGGUGAUGAUUAUGAUUAUGCUUAUGCCGAAAUUCAUAAUUUGUUGUGGAAAUUUUGCGUUUAUCUCAACGUGCGUGCGUGUGUGUGUGUGUGUGAGUGCGUGUAUUGGUCCUGUGUGAAUGAUCUCUUUGGGGGAAAAUUAUGCUAAGACCAAAGACCGCAGAUUUGCAAAGCCAGCAGAAGCCAAAGAUCUCUCUCUUCGCGAUAUGAGUUAGGCGUAAUGAAAAAGCAGCGCAAAUCGCCAAAAACAAACACCAAAACCACCAACAAAUUAAGCUAAAAACAUGUUGUGCCAUCCAUCCUAACGUGAAACGAAAAAAUCCAAAUUGAAAAAUAAAUAAAAAAAAAAACGAAAACACAAAUUAAAGAGCAAAACUAGAGUAGUACCAUAUUUCGCCAAAGACCCGAAUAAUGGGCGAUUCAGAGAAACUACUGAGCGCAAAGCGACUACUGACGCUGAUGUCAAAAUAUUAUCGGCCAAAUUUUCAAAUUCAGUGAGCGAAUGUGUGCCUCAACGUGCGGCUGCAAACUUCUCGUUACGAAACGAAGCUAAUUGCCGAUGGUGAAGAAGUACAACACAAAAAAAUAAAUAUAGUGCAGAAAAAAAGAAGAAGCAAGCAAAGUGAAUAGUUUCAGCAGGCGAAAAGUUUAAUGAUUUUCAAAUAUUCGCCAAAUUUCAGCUCUGCUAUCUUGGAGCUGUCAUCUGUCGUCCAAGCGCAGCUGCUCUCCGCGAUUAGUGCAAAAUUUUGUGUUCGUUUAAUGUGAGCGGCCCCAAAAUCACUGACGGCGGCUUAAAUUAGUAACCGAUUACACGAUCUAACACGACCAAAAGCCGCUAAGAUAAGAGCGGACUGUAAACCCAAAACAAAAUUUUCCGGUUAUUUUGUAUAAGAUUUUAAAUUGCAAAAAAACGAAAAAAUACAAAAUCGCUACAUAUUUUUUUGGUUAAAAAUUUUAAAAUAAUAACAAAAAUCGAAUCGAAUACCUAUCUUCAACUAAUGGUUACAAAUAAUGAAAAGUGAAAUUUUGAAAAAUGAUUUGUUUUGAAUAAAAUAAUCUUCUGCCAAAUAAAGUUAUUCAUUUUACGCCCCCCCCCCCACACAAUUAAGAAUAUGUUAAAUAAAGUGCAAAUGAAAAGUGAAAUGUUUUCCCCCAAAAAUUUAGCAAUUAAAAGAAAGAAAAAAAUUUUUUGAAAUUCUGUGUAAAUUUCUUCAAAUCGAAUAAAGUGUCCCGUUUUCUCUCUCAAUGAAACCAUAACCCAUAAAUGCUGAAAUUUUUUUUUUACAAAUAAACGUGGAAGUUUAAACAAAGGAGCCUUAAACUAACUAAAUAUAAAGCUCACACUUGAAACCAACGACCUUCACCGCGGGAAUAAGACGAGAAAACUUCACGAUAGCCCACUGAUCACUUUCUAAAACUUCAUCGGAAAGCCAAAACAAAACACACAAAAAAAAACCGGCAAGGGAAAAAUAACAGCGGUAGCUACCGCCGUUCAUCGGUCACGCACGCGCACCAAAUGUACCGAAAAAUGAAAAGGACAGUCAAAUUUGGAAAAUGCAUUAUCAACGAGGAAGACGACGAUGAAAAUCAUAAACGAUGUUUCAAACUCGCCAUCCCCGAUAAUGUCCCGAAGGUGAUAUACAAAAGAUAUGCCUUCAAUAUGGUAACCUAAAUUCCAACUGUCCCCAAGAGAGAGAGAGAGAGAGAGAGACAAGUGAACAAAAUUUAUGAUCUAUAAAAAAAAGUGUUAAAGAAACAAAACGAAUGCCAAGUGAAAUAGCGAUUAAGUCAUAAUUCAAUUGAAUUCAAACAAAAAAAAAAGCAAUAAUAAAAAAUAAUAAAUUAAAGCUGGCAAGGCAACCAGUCAAAACGGAGCACGAAAACGAGUUUCAAAUUAAAUUAUUAAACAAUUUUGCCAAUGCGAUUUAAACAUUUCGCACAAUUAACGAGAGGUGUUGCAUGGUCUAUAAGUGAAAUUAAGCGAACCAAAGCCAGAGUGGCAGCAACAUCAAGGACUACGAAGACGAAAACGACGACAACAGCAACAGCAACAAUAGCAGCGGCAACAGGUAGAGGCGUAGAGUGGCCUACAGUGUUGCAAAGUUUUCUUCUUCUUCUUCGUCUUGGUUAACGAACAAUUAACGUUGCUGAGGUGUUUCGGGGCGUAAAACGCUCAACGACGCCAACAAUUAGCAAGACCAAGAUUAGCCAGAGCUGCAAUAGCAGUGGCAGCGUGUACGCCGCCAAAAUUAUCAUCAAAUUUAACGAACACAAAUGCGAAGGAAUCUGCGUUUAGAUUGGAGGGCCCUGGCACUGUUGGGUGCCCUCCUUGCGAUCAUCAUCGAUUGGCCGUGCUUAAUGUACGCAAUGCCAGUGGCGGCACCAGCAGGCACCUUAUAUGUAAUAAAAAUCGACAAAGCCCUGAACGUAAAGCCUUUCGAAUAUGACCCUGAGGAUCAUGUUCGUCAUGGUGUAAAAAAGGACGAACUUAUGUCAGAGGCGGUGAAGGAAAAUCCUUUAAGUUUAGCAACGAACCAAUCCCUCAGUGAUUUACAAACAAAACAACGAACGACAACGACUACAACUACAACUCAAAAGCAGCUAACGGAAAUGGGCGUUUCCCUGCAGGAAACGAAAAUGCCGACGAUUGAGAAGCAGCAGGUCAAAGAGAAUCUAAAUAGUAUUAAUCAACAAAUUAUAAACGACGACAAUGUUAAUAGAACAGCAGCAGUGGAAGGUGUAGCCAAUGUUCUAGCCGUAGCGAAUUCAAGCGUUUCUCGCAAUGAAACAACAAACUCACAGAAUAUAAUAACAACAAGAGCCCAAGAAGAAGACAACGAAGGAUUGUCAUCAACGAAUACUCACAUCAUGAACUCAGCUGAAUCAGAAGAAGCAGUGAUAACUACAGAAGCAUCAAGCACACUUAUGCCAUCAUUCCCAUCUAGCCCAGUAAGCCUCAUCAAUACAACACCAGCACCCAGCUCGACCACCGAAUCAUCAGUCAAAAUACAGUCCACCCUAAUACCGCCUACCACCGUCACCGAUAACGACAGUGACUUUGGCCCACUCACCAAAGAAGCUAGUAUCCGUAGCAGCGGCAGUGUCCUGGCGUCCAAAUCUCCCAAUAUACGUUCCACAUUUCAAUUCUCAUCCUCACACCAUUUAGCCAUACUCUCCCGUACCGAACGCAGCAUACGUUCACCCUCAUUAUCGUUAUCGACAACAAACUCAAAAAAUAUUAGUGGGCCACAGAUAUCCACCGAUGGAAGCGCUGGUCGUGGUUUGAACAGUGGUGGUACAGGCUCGGGCAGCGUUGGCAUUGUGCGACGUUCAUCCGAAAUGGGUGGCCAGAAAACCAAAAGACUGAAUAAUUCUAGAAAUCUACAUUAUAAAAAUAACCUGGAUCGCAAUGAACGCUCAACGGUAUCCCACCUAUCGGGUCCAUCACGUAAAAUUCAAUUGUAUAUAAAAAAUCGUUUCUUGCAACUGAUGCCAGAUGGUACGGUCAAUGGAACGCCCGACGAUCAAAGUGAAUACACAAUACUACAACGUUCUACUGUCGAUGUGGGGCGCAUCAAGGUUCAAGGCGUUGCCACCUGCCUUUAUUUAUGCAUGGAUCCAUGUGGCGCUGUUUAUGGCUCGAAAGACUUCACUGACGACUGUGUCUUCAAUGAAAAUAUGGAACAGCACAACUACAACACCUACUCCUCGACAUAUAACUCGAAUGCGAGGCGAAAAUACUAUUUGGCUCUAAAUCGCCAUGGUGAACCGCGCAAAUUGCAAAUACCACCCACCCGUUCGCUGGGAAAAUUGGCUACCUACACGAAUGCCAUCACCGAAUCGGUGCCGCAAGAGCGUGUCGAACAGCUGAUAGCAAAGAAUUUCGGGGCAAAUCGUAUAAAGCAUGGCAUACGUCAACUCUGUGAUACUGGCAAACCAUUGAUCGAACUGAUCGAUAGUAAAAACUUCAAAGCACAGCCCAAGUGCAAUCCAAACAGUAAUAGUAAUAGCAAUAGCCAUAACGCAUCUAGUAAUAAUAAAAAUAAGAAUAGCUUAAGCAGUAGUAGUAGCACUCAUUUAGCAAAUAGCAAUAGUGGCCAAUCUUUGAAUAACGUUCCUGCUGCCAAUGAUAAAAUUAAAUUAAGCAACAAUAGCAGUAAUAGAUCUAACAAUAGGCCAGAAACAAAUAGUAGCGGUAGCAGUAGUAGUAGUAGUAGUAGCAGUAGCAGUAACCAGAGUAGUAUUAGCAAUAGUCAAAACAAUGGCCAUAUUAGCAGUAGUAGUAGCAGUAGUAGUACGACGACAGCGACAACAACGGCGACGGCGACUGCAAGGGACAGCAAUAGCAGUAGCAGUAGUAGUAGUAGUAGUGGCAGCAAUGGCGGCAGUUCGACAAUGAAAGCCAAUCACAGGGGGAAAAAGCUACGCAAAUGUCGACCCUUUGAAAAUGAAGAAGAGCACAAUUGCCAGCGAAGACCGCAAGCCCUACAAAAGCCGGGCAAGCAAAAGCGAUGUCGCGAAUUGCAGCUACAACAGCAGCAAGAAGGCAUCACCGAUAUAGUGUUGCCACCCAUGUGUAAAAAGAAGGGCAACAAAAAUAAAGGUGCAAAAAAUAAACGAGUGCCUGGAGAGGCUAAAGGCAAGAAUGUCCUGGGUACAGAUGGCUUGGGCCCCAACAAUCGUAGAGGUAAAAAACUUAAUGGUGGUCCUGGUGGUGGAGGUGGCGGUGGUCGCCAGGGAGCUAAACAAAACCAAAAUGGCGGCAAUGGAGGAGGCGGUGGCGGAGGCCCCAAGAAGAAACAAAAAAAUAAUAAACGAGGUGGCAACGGUGGUGGUGGCGGUGGUCCAGGUGGCAAUGGAAAAAAGAAACAACAAAAGACCACAACAACGACUACUACCACGGAACAAACUGCAACCAGUGCUUCCUCAUCCACACAGCGACCCAACUUCUGGGAAACUUCUUCAUUUUUACCCUCAUCCACUCUCUACGAUAGCUAUGAUCCUCAUGCCGAAAGCACCAGUGAUCGUGGCGAUAGAGAGCAACGCAAUGCAAGAUACUCGCUGGACGAUGGCUCAAUGGAGACCUCAGCAGAAGAGGACAACUCAGCCGCCAACGAUGACGUGGACGAAGAUGAGGACAUCGAAGGCGAGGUAAACGAGGAAAACGAUGAUGCCAGCUACGAAGACGACUCGUAUGUGGCGAGCAGCAGUCAUAUGCCCUACGCAGAAGCCGAUAUUGCAAAUCCACCUCUCACAGGUGGCGCUGAUGAUUUCCUGUAUUACGAUCAACUUGAUGUAUUAUUGUAUACCAUUUGUUAUGAUUUUUCUUAAGAGACUUCUUGCAUUUUGCAUUGAUGGAUUAAUUAUUUCAAUAUAGCAAAAUCAGAAUACCAUAUAUGUUAACAUUGAAGAAAAACCGAGUAAAAUUUCACAAGAAAGUCUUCUAUCGAAAAGUAAUGCAAUAGAAAACCGAACAUGUACAAAAUUAAAUAUAGCAAAUCAAAAUGUUAUGUAUGUUGAAGACGUUGCAAGAUAUAUUCUUACCAUAUAUUGUAUGUGUUUACAAUUGUUUAUAAGGCAUUUAAUUUAAAUGUUAAUGUUAAUGUAGAGGAAAACCUAAAAACUAUGAAAAUUCUGUGUACAUUUUGCAAGAAAUUUUAUGUAAGGGUUGCAUUCUGCAUCACUACACACACACAACGCACAGACAUUAUUCAUGGAAACCAUUUUCAUCCUACUAAACACAUGCAAUUUCAUGUCAUCAUACACUGCAUCUAAACGCAACUAUUCCAUUAUUUUUCAUGCAAUCAUUCAAACAUACAAACAGAUCCUCCUCACAUAUCCUGGUAUUCCAAAACUUUUAUCCUAAUCCCUUCUCGAUUGAACUGAAUGAGGUUAUGGUGGAUCACAAUUCUGCCAAUUGCUAAAUUUAAGAUCUACUAAGAACAAACUAAGCUUGCUUGCCUAGUCAUGAAAUAAGAAGAAAUAUGUUGCCUGAAUUAGAUUUAAAACUAAUGAGCAAGGAAAGGAUAACACAGCAAAUAGCCGCUUAUACGAAUUCUAUAUACACUAACUUUCACAAUGUGUUCAUACUGGUAUAUCUGUCAAUCUAGAAAUGACAGCAAAAUGAUAUUUGUUUUUGUGAUAGCUCAUUAUAUUGUUUACAAGCCACUGAAAGCAUAUGCUUCUACGCUUAUUUAAAAAGAAAGCAUUUCGUUAUGGAGUUCAAGCGGAAUUAUGUGGUUAACUUGGAUUUGCCUGGAAAACAACAACCGGCUAUUGUUUGCGAAUUCAAACACCUCAUAGCGAACAAAAUGUUUGUGCAUCGCGCCAUAAACACUUAUAAUAAUUCUGGCAGCGUUGCAAUAAUAUACCCGAAAUGCUUCGGAAGUGAAGGUUCGAACUCAACGAAAUCCACUACUUAGUUACCAAUCAAAUAGAUAAAGUUCUGAAUAUCUCCCAUGAAAGGUUGCAAUAUAUAUUGAAAGAAGUAAGAACGUGCUAAGUUCGGGCGGGUCAAAUCUUAUAUUCCCUCCACUAUGGAUAGGAUUUGUCGAGUUCCUUGCGCUGUAUCUCUUUUUAGGCAAACAAAGAAUAACGAAUAAGAACUGUUAUGCUUUUGGAGCUAUAUCAAGUUAAAGUCCGAUUCGGACCAUAAAUAAAUUGAAUACGAAACAUUGUAGAAGACAUUGGUCGGUUUAUAUGGGAGCUUUAUCAAGCUAUUGAUCGAUUCAGACCAUAUUGAACAGGUAUAUUGAAAGUCACGGGAGAUGCCGUUCUACAAUAUUUCAGGAUAUGUACCGAUUUGAAUCAUACUUUGCACAGUUGUUGGAAGUGAUAACAAAACACCACGUGCAAAAUUUCAUUCAAAUCGGACGAGAUUUGCGCCCACUAGAGGCUCAAAAGUUAAGAUCCAAGAUCGGUUUAUACGGCAACUAUAUCAAAACAUGGACCGAUUUGGCCUUUUAACAAUCCCAACCGACCUACACUAAUAAAAAGUAUACAUUUUAAGCGCCUAGCUUUACUCAUUCGAGAGAUAGCGUGCUUUCUGCAGACAGACGGACGAGCAUGGCUAGAUCGACUUAAAAUCUGGAUCUGGAUGGUGUAACGGUAGGAACUAGAAGGCAUCUUACUUCUCCUGAUCCUGUGAUAUCACAAUAGACGGACACGUCCAUCUCUCUUGAACAAAUACUGAGUGCCUGAGAGUGAUGCUCGAUAUGACAAGGCGUCUUUAAAUAACCAAUGGCCACCCCUUUCCCGCUGCGAUCGGUACUAAACGAAGUACGGAAGCUUGGCGAGGAACUCCAACUCCACAUGAAAAUGUGUCUACAACAACAACAACAGCGUCUAAGUGAAUCUGAUGGCAGACUGUCACUUAAGCCUUACAAGUUCCAAAAGGAACAAGAUCUUACGCCAAAGCAAAAAAGGUUUGCCUCGAAAGAGCAAAAGGGUUGAUGCGCUUUCACGAACGAGGAGAAUUUCCGUACCACAUGUUCUUUGAUGAGAAAAAUUUCCCAUUUGAGCAAAGUGUAAACUCGUAUUCGGCACUCCGUUUCGUUCACAUGGUGGCUAUCCAAUUCGCCAGAUGCCAACCCAAUGGACUUUACUACUUCGAUUCGGACCAUAGUUGGCACAGUUGUUGCAAGGCAAAAGUAUACGCGCAUUGCGUGUUCUAAAGGCUCAAGAAGUCAAACCGAGAGUUCGGUAUAUAUGUGAGCUAUAUCAAAACAUGGACCGAUAUGGCCUAUUUACUAGAGGUGUGCACGUGGGUCGAGAGUUGUGGUGUCACGUGUAAAUCACGCGUGAGUCACGUGAUUCGUGAGUGAGAUCCAAAUCUAAUCACGUGAUCGUGCGUAACCGCGAUGAAAUUAAAAUUUUUCGUGUGUCAGCGUGAAUGAGUGAAAUCAUGCUCACGAGGCUAAUCACUACUCACGCGACACUCACGGCUCACAAGACACUUAGGACUCACGCGACACUUACGACUCACGUGACACUCACGACACUUACGACUUACGUGGCACUCAAAAUAUAACGAAAAACUAAAUUUUUAGCAUCAUCUCAAAUCAUACGGUAUUUUAACGUAAGAAUCUGUUUACAGAUGCAUAAAAACGAGUAGAUCGAAAAACUGUUUAUGCAGGGCUCAUACAUUUUGUACAUUAAUGUUCUUACGUUCAAAUGCUGUAUGUAUUGAGAAGCAUGGAAAAAAAUUAUUAUUUGAUUCAUGGAAAAAUAUUUAUUUUACCACGACUCGUGAUUUUCUCGUUCGUCGUUAGUGCCUCGUGAGUGUCUCGUGAGUCGUUAUUUUCUCGUAAUUGCGCACUCCAGAGGCUCAAGAAUUCAAGAUCCGAGAUUUUAUUGCAGGUAUAUUAAAACAUAGACUGAUUUGGCCCAUUUACAAUACUAACCGACCUACACUUAUAAGCAUUAUUUGCGCAAAAUUUUAAACGCCUAGCUUUACUUCUUCGAAAGUUAGCGUGCUUUCGACAUACGGACGCACAUGUCUAGAUCGACUUAAAAUGUCAUGACGAACACGAAUAUAUGUACUUAAUGGGGUCUUAGACACAUAUGUUAUGUUACAAACGGAAUGACGAAAUUAGGUGGAGGGUAUAACAAUUCACGAAUCCAUAUGUUUUGGAUAUGUUGAACUUCCAUAUUUUAAAACAUACUAAGAACUCUUUCAUAUAUAGAAGACAAAGUUUAUGGACAAAAACAGUUUAAGAGUAUAUUUAAAUCAAAUAAAUUCUGGCUCCAUUAAUAUUUCACUACACUUUAUUGUAAUACUAAAAUAAGUCAGAGUUGAUGCAUGUCCAAUAGUUUUCAAUGGGUGAUUUUCAUUUGCAGAGAAAUUUUUAAACUAACCUAGUUAUAACAUUUGGAUACUUAAACAUUAAUGUCCAUAUUCAGAAAAUUUUAUACAGCUUUAAAGUAGGUGAGAGAUCUCCUUUAUAGAACUACUAGUGAACACUGGUGUAAAAUUUUAAUGCAAAAAAUAAAAAGAAAUAUAUUUUUUUAGCGUUUUUAUAACUACUUUGUGCUUAAAAGGUUAACAGCAUAUGAACGUGCCUGUAAAUCUGUAAUUUUUUUUUCAUACAUAUAUUUUAGUACCAGACAUCAAGAUGGAUUCCAAUAGAAAUCUCAAAACCAGAAUUUUUUUAGAAGGAUCCAAAAAUUUUUGUUCUGAAAUAAAUUGCUAACUUUGGAUGAGUCUACAUGAUAUUAUACGUAAAGAUAUAAUUUAUGGUAUUAUUUCCAUUAAUCCAAUUAAUGCCAAUGAUACUUCUUAACUAGCUCUAACUAAAAGUCUCGAUUUGUUAUUUUUCCACCCAUUCGCCGUUGAUAGAUUGAUUUCCAUAUUCGAAUGACGUUGUAAUUCGUAUGCUUCAUUUGAAUAUGUUACUCUUCUUUAUUUCAAAGUGUUUCAUAUAUUAAGUAAGAGUUUUUCUCGUAAUUAUUUUAUUUGCUGGCACAUACAUCCUUGAUUCUGUUCAUAAAUCAUAGCUAGAACAAUGGCUAAAGAAAGCAUUAAACUUGUCUUCUGAGAUCGUUAAGGCUUAAAAGGCCCACAAUGUAAUUAACUGCAUCUUUCCACUGCCAACUCUUCACGUAGUUGGCAGUCAAGCAGCAAAAAGUGAAGAUCUUUGUUUUUUCUUGACUAUUACAAUUGAAAGCAGGCAUUCGAUUUUUUUUGUACCCAUGCAAGUUCAAUACAAAUUCCUCUACUCAAAAAUCCAACCCCUCUGCAGUUUGUUCCUAUUCCUCACUAGUUUUCAUUUCAUAAUGUCAUCGGAAUGGUGUGCCAAUAUGAUCGAAUCCAUUUGUAUAUGAAAUUAUAACUUUUUUAUUCUUCAGUUUGGCUUAAAAUGGUUAAAUAGUUUAUUCAAAAUAUCUACUCCGAAAUUCUAAUUCAUUGUUAAUUUUUUCGAUCGCCAGAAACUUGGUUAAUAUUUAAAUAUUUUCUCAAUGGAUUUGGUUAAAUUUUGGCAACGUACCGACGAUAUGCAAUCCAUUGUGCUUAUAUAAUAAACUCGAAUUUCAACAUCUAUUUAUAAACUAAUCGAAAUCUCCAAGAAAAAAGUGUUCAGUACAAUUACAUGUGUUUGUUUUGAACAUUCACAUUUUUAUAUUUGUAAAUAUAUAUAUGUAUAUGGACAUACAUAAAUGUAUAAAGUUCCAAUUAAACUUUAAUUAAGUGUUAAAAAAGCAAAAAAUCUCCUCAAAUAGUUCCAUUUAAAAUCCAAUGUCCAUGAUAUAUCCUGCCCUUUCCACUUCUAUACAACAUCAAUUCCUUACAUCACAGUAAACAAACCAAUAAAUAGCUGUAACUGAGGGUGAGAAAGAACUAAGGAACAAAUAAACAACAACAAUAAAUAUAAUUGUAAAGUAAAAAUGGAAGUACAAGUGUGCUCCUAUCCACUGCCAUAAAAUGUCCUUGUAUAUACCACAUUUAUCUAAUAAAUGGUCUAUUAAGACCUCAACUCACUUAAUUCAUUCAUAAUAAAAAGUUAUAAAUAAUGAAACAUAAAUGAAAACCUCGCUGCCUCUCAAUGAAAACAAAAAAAAUAUAAUUUCUAUUGUAUGUAAACAUAAAACAUAUACAAAUCAUAAAUUCAGAAAAGAAGGCCUUCAAAAGAAUAAACAAAUUUUCAAUUACAAAACGGUGUUUAAAAAAAAACAUUUAAAAACUUUUAAAAUACAAGAUUCCUACCACUUUUAAUCAGGUUUUUUUUGGAAAAA